AAGCAAGGAUAUGGGGUUUUGAGAAGGGGAGGGGGAAGAAAGCGUCGAGUAACGUCGGUGAAUAUUGGGACUAUUCUUCGAUUUAAACUCCCAGAGCUGCCACCUGACCUUGCCUCCUGACAGGGCCCGCCCUCGGAGCUAGGCGUGGGGAGCGCGUCUGCUGCCAGAGGGGAAGAGCUGCUGGCCGACGCGGUUUCUCCCAUCCCGGGAAGCCUUCGGCGGCUCUGGGCACGGAACUCUUCCGACGAUGGCCCACAGCGACGAGGGGCAGAGGGUUGGCUCGGGGACCCACGGCGCGCCGCCCCGAGCUCUCGCCCUUCGCCCCUCCCUGUUGCUUUCUGCUGCUUCCCAAGAGUUCAGCGGCAGACCGGCUCGGAAGUAAGCCGAGGGGCUUACGCGCAAGUGCACGUGCGAUCCAAUUCGAUGGGUCUAUGACGCGAAUUGGAUCGUGGCCGCCUCGCGACUUCCUUUCCCGCUCGGACUCUCCGGCAACUAAGCCGAGCAGAAGGGAGGGUAGAGCGGACGCGUCAAGAAGGGAAAGGAAAAAAACCGAGGAAAGGCCAGCCGAGACCGAGUUGAGCUUGAGCCGCGAUUCAGCCCCGCCGGGAAAGAAUCGAGUCCUCCUCCUUCCCCCUCCGAGCUCUGGUGUCGCUCACCCGGACGCGCGUGCUUUGAAGGAGAAAGCGACGUCCGCCAGGUGGGUCUCUGCCCCGAAGCAGCUGCUGCCGCCCAAGUUGCCCCGUUCCCCCACAAAGUUCGCUCAGCUGGGUUACUCCGGAUCUGCCACCUCGUGGCAGGGGGGAGAACGUAAAAAGAGCCUUGCAAAGCGUCUCCUUCGCGACAGGGCGCGCUGGGCUAAUAACUCGCAGAGAAAAGUUACUGGUUGUAGUUUAACCUCACCCUAGCUCGGGCUUGGAAAGUCGGGCACAAUCGCCCGAGGACCCUCGGAAGACAGGUUUGCUUUCUUUGCGGAGCCCGACGUCGCUUUCCUUAUUUUGCUGCCAAGAGCUACUGCCUGGAUCCUAGUUAAUCAUCUCUCCCCACCUGGAACCAAAGCUUUGGAUUCUGUUUUCCUUGCAGGCGCGAAGACAUUGGAUCCAACUUGAUUCUGCAGAAGGCAAACUGACCUGAACAGAUCAUGCAAAACAAUCACUCUGAACUUCAGAAUCAGGCCCUGCAGCCUUUACAGUGGCAGAGUGGUCAUAGAGAGGUCCGGGUGACGGUGCGGAGCUCAAGAAUCCAGUCCACUGCCUUUGCUCCUCCACAAACAUUGCUGAGGAAGAUCUUAGUGGCCUUCGAUAUUGUGUGUUUACUUGUGGCAUCCGUCCCAUUCUUCAUCUGUGAAUUUGGCCUCGUUUCUCCAGUGCGUCGUGGCUUCUUCUGCAAUGACAGUAGCAUCAGCUACCCACUGCAGCAUCCUGAGACCAUCACCGACACAGUGCUCAUUUCAGCAGGCACCCUGAUCUCCUUCCUAGCAAUCACUAUAGGCGAAAUCUUCCAUGUACAUUGUCUGCCUCACAGAUCACGCUCUACAAUCUCCAAUCCUUAUGUGACUGCCCUCUAUAAAGAAAUUGGGGCCUUCCUUUUUGGCUGCUGUGUGGGUCAGUCCCUCACUAACAUGGCAAAGGUUGCUGUAGGUCGCCUCCGUCCACAUUUUCUGGCUGUCUGCCAACCUAACUUCACUCACAUUGUCUGCACUGCUGGAUACCUGGAGGACUAUAUUUGCACUGGUGGCCGCUCUAAGGAAAAGGAGGCCAGAAAAUCCUUUUACUCUGGCCAUGCCUCCUUUGCCAUGUAUACCAUGAUGUACUUAGUGUUCUACCUGCAGGCCCGAUUCACCUGGCAAGGAGCUCGAUUGCUACGCCCGCUGGUCCAAUUUGUAUUACUGAUGCUAGCCAUAUACACGGGACUGACUCGCGUCUCAGACUAUCAGCACCAUCCAUCUGACGUGGUUGUGGGACUGUUGCAAGGAGCACUUGUAGCUUAUUGGGUGGCAUUCUAUAUUUCCAGCAUGUUUCACUGCAAGCAGCAGCCUCAUCCUGUACCGUCAAGCAUCUUGGACAGUCCCAGCUCAGACCAUCAGACGGAUUGCUAGGAAAGACUCAAAGAUAGGCAGAGACUACUUCUGUUUUGUUAGCUGCAGGACCUCAAACAACUGAACCAUUAGCUGGGCAUUCACUGCUGUACAAACUGCAUUGGCACAGUGGCAUGGUCACAGCCAGCUUGGGGCUCCUUGGAAGCAUUUGAUCACUGUUGUAUCAAUAGCCACCACUACAUCAAUUGCUAGCAGCACCAGGAGAAACAGCAAGUGGUGUGCUGAAGAUCUCCCCUUCCUCUGAGUGUUAGGUAGGGCAGCCUGGUUUUCAUUGAGAUGGGAAAACAUUAGACCACACAUCUUCUUGAGCCUCUCUCCUGUUGAAAAACACCAAUGUCCAUGUCCUGUUGGGCUUUCCUUUAGAACACAAAAUCCACUUUUUAAAAACCAGUAUUAUUUAGGAAGACGCACCCUUCCUCUUCACUGAUAUUGAGAUGAUCUCAUCCCUGAAGUAUUAUUAUGCAGUCAGAUGAUGAUGCUUGGAGAAGGAUAACAACUGUGGAAUAUUUAACACUUGCGGUUUUAUUUCUACUGCAUUGAAAGGCAAUUGAAAGUAUAGGUGGGAAGAAAGUACCUAACCUAACUAGGCAUCUUCCAAUUAUGUUGGGAUAACAUCUGCCAGCUAUGCAGCCAAAUCUAAAAAAAUUCAAGGUGUUACAGGCCUAACCUAUCUUAUGGGUGCUAGAUUGCAGAAAACUGGUAUAGAAAAAGUUACAAAAGACUUGAUGAGACCUUUCUGUCUUCUGAACCUGAUCUCUUCCACCCCUUAUAAUGUGAAAGAUGUUUUUGUAAUAAAUGGUACUGACAAUCACAUAAUUUAAUGGUUGCAACUGGAUAAAAGUUAGUUUGUAAACCUGAAGUAACCUUUUCUGAACUUCAGAGUAUUCCUUUCAGCCAAGUGUGUGGAGUGCUAAAAAUGAGCCAAUCUCUUUUUGUUUAGUAUUGAUAUAUGUAGGAUUUUGGUAUCUGACACAGGAUACAUUCCUAACAUAUUUAGCUUUCAUUGAAGAUACCUUUAUGCUUCUAAGGAUAUGUAAUCUCUUUCCAGCUAUGAUUCUCUCUAAUCACACUUUUCACUGAAAACAGCUGCAGUGCUGGCCAAAGAACUCGGGACUCAGAAGAGAUUAUGUAUGAACAGAAUCUUAUUAGUUAUUAGCAAUUUCAGUGAAGCAAGCAGGAAAGAUAGAAGAGAGAAGCAUUUACAGAUUCAGGGAAUCUUUACACAAGGACUCACAAAUUUAAGAUCCAAAUUUAGAAAAGUAGAAAGAAAGGAUGGGUAUUCACAACAUUAUCGAGCAAUGAUUGAGUAUGUUCACUAAUUGUUAGUAGACAGGUGGAUGGCAGAGAAACCAAAAAAAACAAUUGAUAGAAUUGAAAGACUUAUCUGGUUCCAUAACACUUCAACAUUUUGUUGGUGUUAGCUAUUUUGCUUAAGAGUAAGCAAAAAAGGGGGGACAAUGUUUAUAUCCAUUAAAUUAUUCUGGG